AAUCCAUUUGACAAUUUUGACAGUAUGCAAUUCAUUUGAUACUAAAAUUAAUCGAAAUGAGUUUCUGUUUCCAAGAAUCAGAACAUUCGAAUUAUCGUCACGUAAAUGUAUUCAAAAUUUAUCAAUCUUUUAGACAAAGAAGGCCAUUGUCCAUUAAGAAACAGCAUUUCAAAAUGCAGUCCCAGAUGCGUUUCGGAUUUCCAAUGCUCUUUCAACGAGAAAUGCUGCCCGAAUAAAUGCGGAAGUGAUUCGUGUGCUCCAGCAAGCGCUGUCAGCACCGGUAAUGGAUACAAAGGAUCAUCGAAUGGCAACGUUUAUUGUGCUGGAAUCAAAUGCGGCCCGUAUGAGAAAUGUCAACUCGAUCGUAGAACGAAGCGCGAAAAAUGUACUCGCACGUAGCCAAAUGUUUACGAAAUAAACGAACACAUUUAUUAGUCUUGAUUAUUCUGCUUUGCUUCUUCAUCCUUUCGCGGACAUAAUUCGAAUUUUUGCAAGAAUUUGAACGAAUGAAAGAUUUGAUAAAACUCAUUUCGAAAAAAGGAAAUUCAAAUUUGAAUUGCGAAAAGGUCGAAGUACGAUUAAUUGAUGGCAACCUGUUGAAAGCGAAUCGACUAUCGACGCCAUAGAUUUCAAUCGAUUUUUCUCGAUAACCUCUUUAUUGUUUUAUGAGAGACUAAUGCCGGACAAACAAGUUCAUUUUUCAACAGCAUUUGAAAAGCAUGUAUAAAGUGACUCGACACUGAAAUAUCACUUGAUUCGAAAUAUUUCUCAACAAAAUGGCAUUUGAUCAAUCUUAAUUCUUUGUAAUAAAGGCACAUACGUUUUUUUUUUAUCACUGUGAAAGAGGUUAGAUCUAUGCCGACAUUGCGAUGGCAGUAGAAUUUUUAGUAAAUCGACUGAAAGCUCUCAUGGUAGUUCUUCUGGGAAUAUUUAGACGAGCAAUGUGCUGUCUCCGACGUCGAAGAAGGUCGUCCUGUGAUUCAAUCCCUUUGUCCGCGGUUGGCGUAGUACCAAACACCGUAAACAACACAGCACAACCAGAAUUAGAGCACUGGGAUCAAUGGGAGGAAAAUCCUGUCGUGGUCGUGCCAGAUAGGCCAGUUAACACGAUACAAUCGAAGAUUGAACAAUACAGGCAGCAAGUAUCAAAACCACCAGAAUCCACAGAAGAGCAGCAACCAAAUUUUUUCGAGAAUAUGACACCAAAGAUUACUACGCAGACAAAGAUUUUAGUGAAGGACAAAGAUUCAGAAAAUGUAUCCUGGAACGCAUCAAAGUUUGCCGUAGUCAAUAAUCCAGUACCAUCUAAUGAACUAGGAGACUGGGAAGACAAUGCUGUUGGUUGGGAGGAAGAAACAACAAAGGAAUUUGGAGAUCCCACAAAGACAUUAAGAGAACAGAAGCGAAGAGAAAGAGAACAACGGCUGUUUGAGCAGCAACAGAAGAGAAUUGAACGCAAUUCAAGACCUCAGCCAUUAGGAGCAAAAUUAAACUCUUGAUGAGGAAGAACAUAGUCACAAAGAUUUAUAUCAAAAAUAAUUUUUCAUUCAGUGAUAUAUUCGUGCAAUGUGAUCUUUUUGCAACUACAUGAAAUAUUAAUUAAAACUAAGAAGAGUCAAAAGUUAUUAGUUAUAUGAUGAGUUAUACAUAUUAAAAUAUAAAAUUGGUCAAAUCUUAUAUUCCAUGUAAGAAAACAUAUCACGAUAAUAUUUUGUUUAAAUCGUUCAAAUUUAAAUUUUAACAUAUUUACUAAUUAAUUGUUAUACUGCAUGUAAUGCAUUUAAUUUUUUGUUGUGAGUUCCUCAAGUUAUUGCAUGGUAUUUAAUACUAUCAAACUUAUUAACAGAAAUCAAAAGAACUGACUUAUUUACAUAACGUACAGAAACUACGAAUAUACUUUCACAGUGUAAAAGAAUGGUAAUUACUUUUAUUGUUUAAAUAUAUUGUUUUAGUUUUAGAAUGUUUAUAACGUUUAGGCACAUUCCAUGUAAAUAAUCUUGUAACACCAUGUAGAAGCUGAUUUUUUACAAUGAAAUCGGACUAUUUUUCAGAGGCUGACUGUAACAAAAUUUAAUAACUAAUCUCUUCGCAAGUAUUAAUUCAUCUGUAUGAUUAUUCUCUUAAUCAUACCGAUCUAGAAUCGAAAUUGAAUUUGUAGCAGUAUGAAAUAAAUCACAUUACUAACCAUAGUAUUAUUAAAAAAAAAAAAAAUUUACGGAAAACCUUGAACGAACACAAACAUUUUGUGAUGUAUUGUAAGUAUGAGUAACGAGCGUUUGAUAUUUACAUUGCUUUUAAGAUGCUAUUUAUACGAAAUUGUAAUAGGAAGCAAUUAUUAUGAGGGACAAAGGAAACAAUAAAUGAAUAUAUUUCAUUGGCAUACGUAAACUAUUAAAACGACGUAAAAUAUUGGCACGUCAAUCGUGCUUCACGUGUCGAUAACAUAUAUGUGAUCAAACAAACUUUCCCCUAUGUACAAUUGAAGAUAAGGUUGGACUUGAAAAAGAUAAGGACGCGAAAACCGCAGGAUAAAAUAUCAUUUCUUUGUAAGUACGCGUUUUACACACUCCUAUAUUUGUUGGACUGUCGUUAGAUAUAUUUGUAAAUCAUAUUUUUCACGCCACGUUGGACAUAAUAGUUAUAAUUCAUUAAAGUGAAUUAGUAAGUAUAAAACCAUAUUUGUACUAAACGAACUUACAAUACGUAGUUUCUCCAUGCGAAGUGAACUUUGAUGAAAAAACACAUCACAAAAGUUGCACGACUAUUUAUACUCCUGUGAAAAAUUAAAUUGGCAGUAACAAGUGAAAAUUCAAAUUACCAAUUUACCGCGGCAUUGAUUGAAAACCAGCGAACGCGGUCUCUUCAAAUUACAGUAAUAUAUUUGCCUUGUUAACUGACUGCGGGUCAAAAUUAAAUCUGACCGAUUAAAAAAAGAAGGUAUAUGCCAAAAAUUCUAUCUAGAUUAAUGAAGAAACAAUUAAAUAAUCAUACGUGAGGCUUUGAGAGUCAAAGAAACUCGGGAGUUCCACUUCGUAAAGACAAUGUCGAGGAAACGUGGGGAUAGCGACGGCCAGUUUGUAAGACAGAAUUCCAACCAAUUAGCCGAACUAGUGUUAUAUCACGAACGUUUCACGUCACGCGGGCUACAAUCUUGUUUGUUACGUGCCCAGAGACGUACACAAAUGAAAAGAAAAAAAACGCAAUAAGUAGCAUCGAUGCACGCGGUGACGUGCGCUUGAAACCUGUGUGUUUCGCCUUAUAUGGUCCAGUAUGACCAACUUCAGGUAGUCCGUAUCUCGUACGAAAUGAUGGCAAAGCUCGUUUGACGAAAGCGUAUUAUCACGGAAAUUGCGGCGGUGAUCCGUUCCCAGGAUUAUCGAGUGACCCCGCGACUUCUAUCGUUUCCCGUGAUUUCUCCUCCGAUAUUAUCCCUUGACGAUCGCGUUUGUGAUCGAUGCUUUUUCACCUUCACCCUUAACGACAUAUGCAAAUUCGAAAUGUCAACAUCAGAAGACCAAGGGACAUUUCUUUAUCUAAACACAAUGUAUUGUGUGAUAAGAGUGAUGAUUGCUUCGUAUGAAUCAUUUGUGAUACUGAUCAGUGCUGGAAUAAUGUAAAAAGGAUCAAGUAUAUAUGAUACAUAGUCAUCUAUUUUUAUUGUAAAAUUACAAUAAGACACCAUAACAAUGGGUUCUAUAGCCUUGGAAGAAUUUGAACUUAUGAAAGACUCUAAAUAUAGAGUCUAUGUGUCUGCUGUUGACAAAGCUCUAAAGAGCUUUGAAUAUACCAGCGAAUGGGCAGACUUAAUCUCUGCACUUGGAAAAUUAAACAAGGUGUUAUUAAGUCAUAUGAAGUUCCCGGUUAUCCCUAGAAGAAUUAAGAUAUCUAAAAGAUUAGCACAAUGUAUGCAUCCUGCUUUGCCAUCCGGUGUUCAUUUAAAAGCUUUAGAAACUUAUGACAUUAUUUUCAAGUGUAUGGGCACUAAUAGACUGAGUCAUGAACUGUUUAUAUAUAGUGCUGGUCUAUUUCCAUUAUUGGGUCAUGCUGCUAUGAAUGUAAGACCAUCUUUAUUGACAGUAUAUGAAACUCAUUUUGUACCUCUUGGAGAGAGAUUAAGGCCUGGAUUGAGUGGAUUUUUAAGUGGCGUUUUACUUGGUUUAGAGGAUGGGUCUGAUCACUUUGAUAGAACUAAUUCCUUAUUGGAGAAAGUAUGUGAGGGAGUAGGUCCAGAACACUUUUAUGCAUGUUUAUGGGAUUGUUUAGCUUCAAAUUCUGGAAUACGAUUACCUGCUAUAUCUUUUGUAUUAGCACAUUUCAACAAGAAACUGCCAAUGGAAGAACAAAAAUACAUCAUGGGGACAGACACUAAUAUUAUGGUUACUGCUCUCUGUGCUGGAGUACAAGACAGUUCUGUGUUAGUACAAAGAAGUGCUUUGGAUUUGCUGUUAGUUGGUUUUCCUGUACAUAAUAGUCAAUUAACAUAUGAGCACAUGGUAUCACUAGUCACAGCUGCUCUUAUUACCAUAUUGAGAAGAGACAUGAGUUUGAAUAGGCGAUUAUUUGCUUGGCUUUUGGGAACUGAAGUAAGCACAUCUAUUUUAAAAAGAAAAACGAAUACUAAAGUUUCAGAAAGCACGGAAAAUACACCUACUUAUUUUGAUAUGUACUCGAAGGAAAUGUUAAUUGAAGCAAUAAAGUCAUUAUUAAAAACUGUUUGUGAGGAAAGUCCACAAGAUUUAAAGCCAUACAGAAUAUUGGUUUCUUUGCUAGAAAAGGCAGAUAUUGGUCCAGUAAUUUUGGAUGAUAUUUUAUUUGAAGUUUUUAGAACUUUUUAUAAUGCCUGCGGUCAAUCAAACAGAGUACCAAAAACAAAUGAAGUAGUAAAAUCAGCAAAUUUAUUAUUUUCAACAUUGGAACCAUCUUAUGUAUGGAUACAUUGUGGAUAUUUGUUUGGAACGGCUUGUCAAGCUAGAGCAAAAAAUAAACAAGGAAUAGAAGACAUAAUCGUGAGACCUGUAGGUAGUGGAACGCCGAAUUUCAUGGAAGUAUGUAUAUUGACUGAAUUCCUGCUCGAGACGGUGUCGUUGGAUGCAUUUAUAGACACUCCUUCCGAGCAUCUACCCGGUUUGUUCUACGAGAUCAUUAGUAAACUUUUAUACCAUAUCGAUCUUUUAUCUCCUAUGGAGAUUUCGAGAAGUCUUCGAUUAUGCGCAAAGAUACUAACAAAAGUACAGCCGACAGUAGUUUCGAAUCACACGGAGAAAAACGAAUUAGAAAUGAAAUUGGAUAUAACUACCAGUACUAUUACAACGCUCAAUGAUAAUUCCUUAACCGCGAUUCCUUUGGAGAAGAGUCAAUCCGAUAGUAAAUUGAAUAAACCAGACACAACUACCAGUUCAUUUUCCGAGAAAAGCCCUAGUCCUAGAAGAAGAGCAAACUCGGGAGGUGCUACGAAACGAUCUGACAAAAAGUCCAAAAAAAAAUCUAGUAAAAGUACCUCAAAACUAAGCGAGUCUCUACCGGAACCAAGUACCAAUAUUUCAGUAAUGGCGAAUACAGAAUCCAAAGGUUUGCCAAGAAAUAAAAGCAUGGACAAUAUAAAAACCGAAUACAUUGAAAGUAUCAUUAAUUCUCCAUCGAAGGAUCAAUUGUCUACGUUGAAACAGUCAAGUAAAAGUAGUCCUAUGGGCUCCACAGGAUCCUUAGGUAGGGGACCGUCUCCUGCGUUUCAAGCUCAACAUUCGAUGUUAGAAAAAUGUUUAAGACAGUACGAGACUUUUUAUGUUAAAUUAGUUAGUAAUAGAGUAUUGAGUAAAGACAAAACAGUUCAAAAUAUGUUCGGUAAUUUGAUGAUACCAUGUCCAAGGGAGAGUUUCGAUGAGAGAAUGCGAUAUUUAGAACUUUUAUUGAACUUCAGAUUGAAUAUGGAGGAUUCUGGUUUCUUCAGCCAAGACAGUUCCGUGACAGAAGAUACCAAACAGUUAGACAUUCUUCAUCUCUAUAUCGAUUCCGUUUCACAAGCAGAAUGGGAUGAAGCUAUGAAAAUUGCCUCCAGCUUGUUUGUCGAAUUGUCUACAUUUCCGAAGUAUUUUCUCCCUGGUGAUGGAUUACUUGUUGAAGAAGAACCAAAGGGAAAUAUUAUUCUUCCAGAUUGGUUGAAAGUUUUAGUAGUUUGUGCUUGUUGGUUGGGAAAACAACCUGCUUUACAAUUAACCAGUAUUGCUACGUUGUUGGAUUUAGUAGCUUUAUUGAAAGCUCAUAACGACAUUGAAACCCACCCAAAAAGCGGAGAGGGAGUAACGGCUGUAAUUAUGGUACCAUUAUUGAAACAAUGGCAUAUAACUUACUUGUUGCAAUAUACUAAUAUAUUUCAGAUACUAGCGCAUUCCUUGUGGCACCAUCUUGGCGAAUUACCUGCUCAUAAAUACAGAAUGCGGUGCGUUGAAUUAUUACACGAAUUGCACCAUGCUUUACAUAAUUCCUGUAAUGCAGUAGAGGAUGUGAUAGGACUGGCACUCACGUCAGAAAAUAUAGAAAAAAGAAUAGAAGCAUUCAAUAGAUUCGCCACAUUAUGGCAUCUCGGGCGUGAAAUUGAAACAAACCCUAGAUUGCGAGGCUGUAUGAAAUCUUUCGAUCAGUCAUUGUUAAAAAUACUGGAUAAUCUGCAGCUCGCAGAUAAUUCUCCUCUGAAGCUUCACGCUCAGUCGUGGCUUCUGCACUCUUUAAUGCGAGGUGACAUUUCACGUAUAGUAGAUCCGUUAUUGAUAAUACUCCUGGAUCCAUCUACCUGUCGUAUGAGCGUGCUACAUGUCAGUAUACAACAUAGCAAUACUGUCCUGACGAAAAAUGAUUCUAUAGAAGAAAAGUCUGAGGUACAAGAUGACACAGAGGGUGCAGCAAAAAUUUACGCAAUCAGUUCAGUAGACGGAAAUGUAAUAUACCACGUUAGUGAUAACAUGGAUGAAGAUAAGAAAUGGCGAAAAGGUAAAAAGAAGAAAAAAGCUAUAAAUCCUGUAAAAGUGAAAAGAAUAUUCGCUGUAACAACGUUGGCCGCUGGUGAUAAUUGUAAUCAAUAUGUAACCGAAAAAAAUCAAUUUAUGAAAGAACUCGAAGUACCUCCCAGUAUAUCUGGCAAUAGAAAGAUCUCUGUUUUCGUGAAUCCUUUGUCGCUUAACUGCAACGAAAACUCCAAUGACUCAUUGACGGAGGAUGAUUUGUUACCCAGUGUGAAGAAGACAAACUUAACAACAGAGUUGUUAAAGAAUGCAACAAGAUUUAAGAAGAUGGAUUUUGACAAAGGUUCGACUGCUAGCUUAGACGAAAGCCUCUACGAAUCAGCAAAUUCCAGCUUAAAGGCGAAAGAAAAAAGUGGGUUUAAAAAACUAAAUGGAGAAGUUGGUUCGUCCUUGGAUUCCAUUACCAAUAGUUUCGACUCCAGUAGUCCUGAAAUCACUAAUAAGCAAACGAAACAGAAGAAAGAGGCUAUAAUAAUGCCAGGUAGUUCCAAAGAAGUAGCGGGGACUAUCAUUAAGGGCAAAUAUCAUAGCACAAAUGAAUUCGCGACGAAUUACGAUGUCCAUGAUGUUGGAAGUUUCGAAGCAAGUGUCGAAGUACCUAGUUGGACGAUGGAUGACGAAGAAGCAGACCUGGAUGUUAGUACAACUGCAGAAGAAUAUUUUAGUAACUCUAGUGGGAAUAGUAUAGUCGAAGAAAUUUUAAACGAAGUGCUUGAUAAAGUAAUGCAAAUUUGCGACGUUGUUGAACCAUCUAAAAAUACUGAUGAGACCCAAAACUCAAAAACGAAUCGCAAUUUUGGAAUUGGAGUGCACAAUCUUCAUUCACAUAUGUUACUUUACUGUGGAGUUUACGAUUCGAAUAGAACACUUUAUGCAUUGCGUACCCUUCGAAACGAAUUAUUGACCAAUACUAGAAUGUUUCUAUGUUGUGCUGCAACAACUAGCGUAACCAAUACAACAAAAAACACAACAUUGUUAAACUUAUUAGCUAGACACCGGAAAAGUGUAUUUGGAAGGAACUUUCAUGGAGAUAUAGCAAAUACAGAGUUCAUAGCAGCUUAUAGAAGUAGCAUGUAUUUGGAAGUUUUAAUUAGUGUGUGUCUUUAUUUUGCUAGAAGUUACUAUCCUAAUUUAGGACAGAUGAGACUUACGCAUGAAGAAAUUUCGGGAAAUCGACAGGUGCAACUUGCAAGCGCAGAACUGUUAACACUUAUAUUCUCCGAAUUAAUUCCUAUCGUUUGUGAUUCGGGGAAAGGCUUUAGUUGUUAUAUAAUCGAUCUGCUUACUAAGUGUAAAGUACAAAAAGUUGCAUUACAUUGUCUUGUAUCUAGUGUGAUGAAUAUGAAAAAUGCUCAUAAAGAAAGUGAAGAAAUAUUUACAUUUACGGAAGAAAUCAUUUUAUUCAAUGAUCCGGUCACAGACAGUGAUACUAGUAAAUGCAAAUAUCGUGCAAGCGAUCAUACAGAGGCUUUCCAAAUACAACUGUUAAGAUUAUUGUUAGCUUUAAUUAUGUUGGAACAUCAAUGUGGUAAUCAAAAAGGCGAAGAAAUAUGUCCACCAAUCAUACCAACACCAAGUACUCCAAUAAAGACCAUUCCUAACAUUACGGGAAAUAGUUUGAAGUAUUUGCCUGGUGCAUCAAUUCCACAACAGCCAAUGUUCCUUGCCAGCAUAUUAAGUGCUUUACAAUUGGAUCAUAUGAGACAUUUACACCAACAUUGGACAACUCUCGUUACGUCGAGUCUUCCGUUCAUGGGACCUUCGUUAACAUCUACAGUUACAUCAGUUAUUCACCAAUUAUGCUGCAACAUCGAACACUUAGCGUCGUAUUACAUUAACGAAGAAACUACAACGGCGACGAAAUUGCAAGAUAUAAGUACAGUCGAAUGCUGUCUUCCUGCGGAUUACACAGUCACACAUCUAGAGGCUUUAACAUUUUUACUCCACUAUUGUUUAUUGGAUACAUCACAACAAAUAGGUUUCUCGUUUAAUCAACCCUUGAGUGGCACAGUUCAGACUGGAAUACCUGGAGCAAAUCCAGGCCAAAUAUUUAAUAAUCUUAUCCACGUAUUUAUGCCAAGCCCACUCUCUUCAGAGCUUACAUCAUCAAAAGAUAAAAAUGGGGCCAAUGAACUACAACAGCACGCUCGAAGAACCGCUUUAAGUCACUUACCACGAAUAAUCGCAUCUCUUUCUACUCUCUGGCAAGCAGUGUUAGCAACCAAGGACAAUGAUCAGGCCAGUUGCGUAGUAGGUAGUCCAAGAAUAGUGAAACAUCAACUUCUAGAACUCUUGUCUCCUAUAUCUUUCCACCAUGGUGUGAACUUCUUGGCCGCUAUUGCUGUUGCUUGGCAUGAGAGACGGCAGCCUUCUAGUAAUUCUAAAAAGGUGCUUCCAGAAGCUUGUUCAAAUCAACAAGUUAUGGUUCACUUAGUAAGCGCGAUACGUGUGAUGCCUAUCGAUACUCUGGUUCAAACUGUUCAUCAGGUCGUAAAAAAUCAACCACCAGUUCAUGGUGUGAAGCAAGAUUUCUCGUUGGAAGUUUCCGUGUUGGAAUUGCUUUACGUUUAUAUGCAAAGUAACACGUCCCAAUCUCUUAUUGAAUCUUGGGCAUCUUUACUUGGUUUGCUCAAGGACGGCCUAUCUUUAACGGCACCUGCUCAAUUUCUGUUAUUGGCUAUCUUAAACGAAUAUGUACAGAAAUGUCCUCCUAUGCAAGAAAAAAAAGAUAUUAGAGAUUUACAAGAUGUAUCAGCAAAGUUGAUUGAGUCAUGUUCGCAAAUAGCCGGGGCAUGUCUUGAACAAACGACCUGGUUAAGAAGAAACUUAGCAGUAAGAGAAGAUGCGUUCGAAGUUGCCGAAGGAUCCUCGGAAGGUAAAGAAGGCAAAAGUGGUGCUGUAACACCUGGCACACCACCUAAUGCAGCAUAUAGUAUUCAAGCUCAAGCAGUAUUAGCAGAAAUAGUAGCACCUUUAUUGGAUGUUAGUUAUGGUUCUCAAGAAAAAGAACGCGUAGUAACGCUGUUAACCAAUCUCAUGUAUAAUGUUACACCAUAUCUUAAGAAUCAUUCGACAAAAAAUAUUGCCUCGUUUACGGCUUGUUCCCAAUUACUAAGUUCUUUGUCAGGUUAUCAAUAUACAAGAAAAGCGUGGCGCAAAGAUGUGCUGGAUCUUCUACUUGACUCCGCUUUCUUUCAAAUGACGCCAGCGUGUUUACCAUACUGGAGGACUAUCAUAGAUAAUUUAAUGACACAUGACAAUACAACUUUCCGAGAUUUAAUGAAUCGCGUUUCAAUGGCUCAAAGUAGCAGUAUCAGUAUAUUCUCUUCAAAAGAACAAGAAUAUGAGCAGAAGGCGCAACUUUUAAAGAGAUUAGCAUAUGUGAUACUUUGUAGCGAAAUGGAUCAAUAUCACAAAUACAUGCCUGAAAUUCAAGAACGAUUGGCGGACAGUUUACGACUACCACAGGUGAUUCCAUCUAUUCAAGCACAAGUAUUUUUAUGUUUUCGGGUAUUACUUCUUAGAAUGUCUCCACAACAUGCAACUUCGUUAUGGCCGGUAAUAGUUAGCGAACUUGUUCAAGUCUUCCUAUACAUUGAACAAGAACUGAACACAGAUAGUGAAGAAUUCAGUUCGCAUAUAAAACUACUCUCAGCUUUGGAUUCAUCUUGGGCUGUAAACGCUAGUAAUGGCCUUCAAGCACAUGGCCAUCCUCAUUGGUUGCAAUUGCAACUUGCUGCUGCUAAAUUAUUAGAUUUGGCACUACUCUUACCUGCACAUAGGCUUCCUCAAUUUCAAAUGUAUAGAUGGGCAUUUGUAGGAGAUUCGGCAGCAGGAUCCAUGGAAAACAAUAAUCUAGUUUCUGAUUUCAUACCACACAUUACGAGAAUAGCAAAAUUGAUGGACACUAAGUACAAACAGGAGGCAAGCACCGCGAAAGCUGUAUCCGGUGAACUUCUCCUAACAUCGAAUAAUAUACGUUCAUUGCAAGAUCUGCAUUAUUUUUUUACAACAUUGAGUCGCAGAUCGAGUGAUACACAGGCACCAUUGAAUAUUACACAACUGGAGACAGUGAUCGAACAAGAUUUUCUUGAAAAGAUGCCAGCUGCAAGGUAGUAGGAAUAUAAUGCAUUGUAACGAGACAACUUUUUAAAGGAGAAAGAUGGAAGGAGCAUCUUUAUUCUUUGAUAUUUUUUUAAUGCACUAGUGUGAACAUUUUGAUCUAAACAUGAUAAAUUGAGAGAACAUGAUUCUAUUUAAAGGAGCAAUUCUUCAACUCCAUAAAAUCAAUUCUAUACAGUUUUAUCACUACACGUUGUAUAUCAUGAACUAAAUAACGUAGAACAUGUAUUAUAUAGCGAUAUUCGAAAGAAUAUUUGAUUUCUAUUAGUUAAGCUUCUAACUUGUCUCCUCAUUCGGUUGUGAAUAAUUAUCAAAAGAUACGCCAGGCUGGUGCCUAGCUGAAUAUAUGUAUCAAUAUCUGUAGAAAAAUAUGUACAGUGUAACAUAACAUUUUAUUGAAGUGUUAUUUUUUCUACUGUUUCCAAAAAAGUUAUUCUUUGUUUGUCAUACAUAUUCUUCUAUCCUAAUAUUAAUGAAAUUUUUGAGGGUGAUCGAUACAAUGAAAUAUAUAUGUAUAUAAGCAAAAAGUUUCUUAUCUUCUUCAAAUUCGUCAAUUUAUGAAAAAUACGGAAUAGCAUAUCUUGAUGAAACUUCAUUGAGUUGAUUUAGUCCACAUAUUUAAGUUCAUUUACAGGUUCAUAUUACUGUCUUCGCAUUAAUAAACUUUGUUUCUAUCAUUUUUCAUAAUUGGAAAUUGAAAACAAACAACUAUAAGUGAAUUGCGAUGAUUUUUAAAGUGCAAAUAUUGGAAAUUAUUAAUUAUUAUUAUUAUAUUCAAAAAUUUAAUAUAUAUAAGCGAGAGAAUGGAAACAGGGAAUGCGUUUAUGCAUGUAUUAUGUGUGUGAAUAUUAUUGCCAUGUCUUUUUUUAAGACUUGGUAUUGGUACAUUGAUUAUUACUUAUUACCUGAGUUUAUAAUAAAAAUCAAAGUUUAUUAUCUAGUAAAAACUUAUUUUAUUAAUGGAAUUAUAAUCUUCACACAUAUGAUUCAUUGAUUCAUGUGUAAUCGAGAAGAAACCAACAAGAAAACUUGUAAAAUUAUUUUUUUAUAUAUAAACACAAAAAUUUCAAGAACAUGCCAGUUUUUAAACAAUUUCUAAAACACAAUUUAUUUAUAUAUAAUUGCCAUUUUGCUUUCAUUAUAUAUGUAUGUAUAUAAAUACAUAGAUAUACAUAUAAAUAUAUAUAUAUA